AUGGAACCCUGCAUUGGCCAUGACCAAGUUACUCAUGCCCCGUUUCAGCUCUACCCUGAGUUCAUCAAGAUCCCCGUCUCACGCCGCCGUCUUGUCGAAACCACUCAAGGCUUUCAAGAACUCACUUCCCUCCCCAACAUCUGUGGCGCCAUUGACACCACUCCCAUCAAGCUCCACAAACUCUACGACUCCACAUACCUCUGCAAGUACAACUUCCCUGCCGUUCUCCUUCAAGUAGUCUCAGAUCACAAGAAAAUAUUCUGGGACGUUUGCGUAAAAGCCCCCGGAGGGUCUGAAGAUGCCGCCCAUUUUCGCGAUAGCUUGCUUUACAACCGGCUAAUCUCCGGUGAUAUCAUCUGGGACAAGGCGGUAAGCAUCCGGGGACAAGCUGUGAGGCCAUACAUAGUCGGUGACUGGUGUUUCCCAUUGCUUUCCUUCUUGCUCACCCCCUUCGGCUACAAUGGAGCCACGAGCCCGCCUCAUAAUGCAUUUGACGAGGCUUUGAUGAAGGCUAGACGAGCAGUUGAGGAGGCUAUUGGGUUAUUAAAGGGUCGGUGGAAGAUUCUACAGGAUUUGAAUGUGGGAUUGAAUCACGCGCCCCAAACAGUUGUAGCUUGUUGUGUAUUGCAUAACCUUUGUCAGAUAGCAAGGGAGCCCGAGCCUGAGCUGUGGAGAGAGCCUGAGGAGAAGGGUCAGCCACCAAGGAUUAUGGAGAACGAGAAGUCGUUUCAUUAUUAUGGGGAGAGUUUAAGGCAAGUGUUGGCGGAUGAUCUAUAUCAACGUAUGUCCUUGAGGUGA